GCAAAAAAAUAAAAAUUGAUACAAAAAGAAUCAACGUGAAAAAAUUCAAAGCGAAAAGUUUUGGAAUAAUAAUGCCAAGUAAACAAACGAAUAAUGACGUUAUUGCAAUUGAAGAACUGGUUAAUGAAAUAAAACAAAACUUACGUUUAAAAGCCGCUGCUCCACCGUCAACUGGAGCAGCACAAGAGCACCAUUUACAUCAUCAUCCUCUCCUACAACCGCCAACAAAUGACUACUUGCAACAACCGAAGCAGUAUCAUUCACAAGCACAGCAGCUUAUAACUCGCAAACAACGAUCUCGUCCAUCACCGUAUCAUAUUCCCUGCCGCUCAUGGAGUGAUAAUUCAUCUGCACAAAAUAAAAAGAACCUUCAAAAAUCCCGCAAGAAUGAUGAAAAUAAUAUUGAAGAUCCAUAUGAGCUUCUACAGUCCCUCCUCAAAAACAAUAGUUUGGUGAAGGAAGCUGUAAGGCGUCUUCAACUCAAUAGUACAUAUUCCCGCAAACAAAAUUACUUCUAUGACAGCGACGAAGACAACAGAUCGCCAAUAGUGAUGAUGUGUCAAUUAGAAUCGUAAGCCAACCCAUUCAUCAAAAGCAUUAAAUCAGUCUAAUUUAAGCUCCGUUAGUUUUCUUUCAAUGCUGACGUAAAUAUAUUAUUUUCAUUCGAGUAUCACCUUAUUAUUUUUUUUUCUUUUAACUUUACAAACAC